AAAAUAUAUGUUAAAUUGAAUAUGUUUCUGAUUCGAUUUACUGUAAAUCUAGCUAUUAUUUAGAAUACAAAUAAUUUAAACCGUUCACUUCAUUUAGUUACAAGUCGUGUAUCAUUUAUUACAACGAAAAAUUAUGUGUUUACAAAUAUAUACAAAAUACAUUAUUUUAUUAUGUUUAACUUAUUAUUUUCCGAUGGUAAAUUCUAUCACUAAAGAGCAUAUAAAUAAUAUGUGGACCGGGAUAAAACCUGACUACCGUGACUAUAUUCUCCUCGAUGAUUUGGUUAGUAAUUUUGGGUACGUGGACCGCGAUGAAUUCUUGCUCGUGAUGUCACAUUACGGAUCCAAACAUCAGAUAAAUAAAGCCAACUAUGAAUACAGAAUGUAUUUUCACCAUUUUGCAAAGGCCGUGAUUGAAGGUCGCAUACCAAGAUGUUCUAUAAAGGCGAUGCAUGAGAUAUUUGAGAAAAUACUUCCACAAGACAAAAACAGAGGAUAUAUUAUUCGCGAAGACUUGAUUAGACAUUAUGGAACAAAAAUGUCUAAAACUAACCUCGAAACUAUUAUGACAGAGUUCGGAGAAUUGGAAGGUGAUGUAGUCCGAUUAUAUUUGUAUAAAUUUAAAAGAGCCAUGAACAUUGGACUUCUUCCAGAACCGACGUGA